AUGUCUAUCGAAAAGCGACGGACGGGAGAAACCCGGGCUUCAUCGUUUCACCGUACUGGUAUCGGCAAAGGGCUAUGCGGGGCUUUGCUACUGAUGGCUUUCGAGGACAUGGCACCGACUCCUGAGGAAUUGGCUCUCACCACAGACAUCGAUGGAUACAGCUGCAUGCCGGGAGUGGAAACGAACCUUGGUGAGCUGUUGACCACCGUGGCCCUGGAAAAGCCUGACGGUGUAUGCUUGGAGACGCAAGAUGGUUGUUAUACCUUCAUGCAGGUGGCCCAGAUGGCGGAUGCAAUGCGGAAAGUCCUGCGAAAAGCCUUGCUUGCCUUGGAUCUUCCGACGGAGUCAGACUCGGAGGCACCUGACGCACACAAGCGGCGAGCCGACGAGCACAUAGUCACCAUCGUCCUGCCACGGGGGGUUCAAAGCAUUGCUUCGGUUCAUGCCGUGAUGUUGGAGAAAUGCGCCUACAAUGCAUUCGACAUUGGUGAACCGGUCGAAAAGCUCCGAACCUGGAUCGAGGUCGCUCAGCCUCCCGUCAUGAUUUCAUCCGAUGCCAGUUUGCGGCGCUUGGGGAUUAUGGAUGUGGCAGCAGCGCUCGGCGAAUUCCCGAGAAUGGUCCUAGAUGUUGAUCGGGCACUCCAGAAGGCAGUUGGCAACUCCUUCCCCCAUCCUCCAUGCCACUCGCCAAAGGAUCACGACAGGUUGGCCUAUCUCAUCUUCACCAGUGGCUCCACGGGCAAGCCGAAAGCAGUCAUGAUCCGGCACAAGUCGGCCCUGAAUGUCGUUCGCAUCUGGGGCAGGCAAGUGGGCCUGCACGACAGGGAUCGCUUUGCCCAGGUGGCCUCGAUGUCCUGGGAUGUCCAUGUCAUCGAGGUUUACGCGACCAUGGCCGCCAGAGCCACGAGCGUAACAUGCCCCGACAUGGUCAAGACGGGACCCGACAUGCAAGCGUGGCUGAAAGAGAGACACAUCACUGGCAUGAGUGUGGUGCCUUCCCACUUGCGCACCAUGGCGGGUGGAGGAGCCGACGUGUCUCGGAUGCUGAACGGGCUUCCACACCUUCGAAUUCUCGAUGUCGGCGGCGAAGCCCUGGCUGCAGAUGUCGUGGAGACCUGGGCACCAGGACGUCAGCUCUUCAACAGCUAUGGGCCCUCGGAGAUUUCUGUAGUCUGCACCGGUGGCUACGUGAAGACUGGCGAUGUGAUCACGAUCGGUGCACAGCUGCCAACGUAUCAAUGCUACAUUUUGGAUCCGGAGACAAUGGAAGUGAAAGCCGAGGGCGAGCGUGGUGUCCUCUUUGUGGGAGGCAUUGGCUUAGCACGAGGCUACCUAGAGGAGGAGGAGAAGACAAAGCUCAAGUUCAUUGAACUGCCCGGCAUCGGCCGUGUCUACAACACGGGAGACCUGGCAUCUCGAGGAGCAGACGGCCUCAUUCACUACCAUGGGCGGGUGGACUGGCAGGUCAAAGUGCGUGGCAUCCGAAUCGAGUUGGAAGCCCUGGAGCAGGCCAUCACCGAGCUUCCCAAUGUGAAGCACUGCGAAGCUCGGGUCUUGGACGGCCGCUUGGCCGUGGGCUCAGAGGCUGUCAAGGUUUUGCUGGCCUCGGGUGCCGCAGAGCUGUCGGAGGCAGAGCUGAAAGCGACCGCGGCUGCCCUGGGCCGUGGCUACGUUCUCAGCCAGGCAAAGAUCGUGGAGAACGAUGCUUGGAAGUUCAACACUUCCGGGAAGCUCUUGCGCAAUGCAGUGCCGCUGGACGAUGCUAGCGGAUGCGAAGUAGGGCAGAAGAAGGAUGCUUGGGAUGCCUUUGUGAAAGAGGGUGCCUCAAAGCUUGAGCAAGAGAUUGCAGCCUGCUUGGCUCCGCAGCUGGGCCAGAAUCUGGACAGGUGGGAUUGCAACUCCCACUUCAUGGAGGACCUAGGGGUGGACUCUGGCGGCUUUGGACGCCUCAUUUCUCAGAUGCGAAUGCAGCCUUCGCUGCAGCAGGUAGACCUUCAGAUGCUCUUCGACCAUCCUACAGCACGAUCGCUGGCCUCCGCACUGGCCUUGUCCAGCAUGGACUCCGACUCGGAGGACGAAGAGGGCAAUGGCCUCCCUCAUUCCGGUGCCCUUUUACAGGGUGUCAUGUCUCAUCUUGAGGCAACUCCCCAUGCGGUCUGCGCAGAGGCUGGCUACCGUAGCGUCACCUACCUUCAGCUCUUCAAGUUGGCCGCUUCUUACCAGCAGCUGCUGCAUCAGAGUUUGAAGACGCAGGAGGGAGCGAGGGGGAGAUGCGUGUCCAUAUGCUUGGACAUGCCAGAGAGGAUGUCAGCCUUACUUGCUGUGCUCAGAGAGGGCUGCACAUUCUGCAUGAUGGACCCACGCAGUAGUGGCAGCACCAUCACGGAGCAGCUCCGCUUGACAAAGCCGGGUCUUCUACUGGCCACAAAAGCCGACCAUGCAAUGUGGAUGCGGCUGCAGGGUCGGCUGCACGGUGCUGGACGUAAGUUCCUCACCGGCGACGGGCUGCGAGCAGAACCGACGUCAGAGGCAGCGCUGCUGCAGGCGGUCUUGGGAUGGCAGCAGGAGCUGACUGGGCAGUGGCCGUCCUUGAAUUGGGCUCCUAGUCAUCUCCGACUCUUGCAGAUCGGCGUGGCCUGGGCCACGGCGCUGCCCAGAAUGGCUGCAAUCGACCUCGGGAGAGGCAGCUCGGCCAUCAGCGCAGCCCAGCCUGUGGCUGUGGCAGCGAAAAUGGUCGUGGCUGAUCGGCUGCUGCCGCCACUGGCCUUCUGCCACCCAUUGUGGGUCUCCUUCCUUGUUUUGUUGGCCUGGCUGUUUCUGGAGCAAUUCGUGCGGGUCGGAGUCCUAGUCCUCUUGAAGUGGCUGCUCAUCGGCCGCUACAAAGAGGGUGAUCACGAUAUUUACAGCCUGAUGUACCUGCGUCACUGGCUCGUCGAACAUGUCGCCAAGGGCACGAUAGUAGAUCAAAAAGCCCAUCAGGGAAGCAGCAUGGCCUUCUUGUUCAUGCGCAACCUGGCCCUAAAGGCCGUUGGCGCAGAUGUGUCCCUGUCCUCCGUGAUCACGCGCCGGGUGGUGGCAUUUGACUUGGUGAGCGUAGGGGACCUGGCAACCGUCCACGGGCCCAGGCACUUGACGGCGGUGAACUAUGGCACCCGGCGCAUGGUCUUGAGACGCGUGAAGGUUGGCGCAGGUGCAUACGUGGGCCCCAAUUGCACACUGGAGCCCGGCUGUGAGGUCGCGGCGGCCGGCUAU